AUUAAAAUGUUUCCAGGACCACCGACUGCCCACUGCGUACAUUGUGGCAAUAUUGCUAGAAAAGAGACAUUUCCAUCGGCUCUUUUGUAACUACCGUUAUCUUUUAUGAGAUCAACCAGUCACGUUACCGCAGAACUUAGCAUUUGGUGGUAACGUUAGCAAGCUACCUUGCAACUGUUAUUGUUGCUGGGAUCUCAAAGUGACAGAAGCAGAGAGAACGAAAGUGCGAGGUGGACUGCGAAUUAGCUAGCUAGCUAGCUGGGUUAGCUCACAAUAGCUAGGAGGGCCGAAGCCAAAUUAGGCCUGACUGAGCGAGAGAACAGGGUUCCCUUCAGACAGAAACACGGCGAAAUCAUGGCUAACAUCGCGGUUCAAAGGAUAAAACGGGAAUUUAAAGAGGUUCUCAAAAGCGAGGAGACUAGCAAAAACCAGAUAAAGGUAGACCUGGUGGAUGAGAACUUCACAGAGCUGAAGGGGGAGAUUGCAGGGCCACCUGACACACCAUAUGAAGGUGGUAGAUAUCAACUAGAAAUUAAAAUUCCAGAAACGUAUCCCUUCAAUCCCCCAAAGGUGCGAUUUAUCACAAAGAUUUGGCAUCCAAACAUCAGCUCAGUCACAGGUGCAAUUUGUCUGGACAUCCUCAAAGACCAGUGGGCGGCAGCCAUGACGCUGAGGACCGUGCUACUGUCACUACAGGCCUUACUGGCAGCUGCAGAACCGGAUGACCCACAGGACGCUGUGGUGGCCAAUCAGUAUAAGCAGAACCCAGAGAUGUUCAAACAGACGGCCAGACUCUGGUCUCACGUGUAUGCCGGGGCCCCCUCCUCCAGUCCAGAGUACACACGCAAAAUAGACAAACUCUGUGCCAUGGGUUUUGACAAAAAUGCAGUAAUAGUGGCGUUGUCGUCGAAAUCCUGGGACGUGGAAACAGCGACGGAGCUGCUGCUCAGUAACUGAUUCUCAAUGCCACAUGGGACCCAACCACCCAUCCCACUGCCCCUCUGGCCUGCCAGGCCCUGUCGGAAUCACCCUCCCUCUGAAGCCCUCCUGUCCUCUGUUCCUCUGACCUAUAAACCCCCUCGUCUAGCUGUUGGAUAGCCCCCCCCUCAACCCUUUGCUCUGUACCGCUCCCCUCCACCUUUUCUGCCUUUCUCGCCUCGGCCCGACUCCCUUCCAUCGUUUCACGUAGCUCAAUCAAAUGACUCCUCCUGGUGCCAAGUGCCACUGAAUUUCUCCACCACUUAUGCUGGACCCGAUCCUUGUCCGUCAUGCUCCCCUAAAACCCCGCUGGCAUUGCCCAAACACACCCCACCUGCGUCCUACCACAUACAGUCCUUUACAUUGGUUUUGCUUGUGUGAGAACAUAAGGAAGCAAUGCUGUUUUCUUUGAGCAGAGCCAUUUUCUUCAACAUUUCCACAGUUUCCUAGCGCUUGCGGUGUCCAUAUCCAUCGUAGGUCACCUGUCUUAGUUCUGCCCUACCAAGCCCGUGUCCCCAACCCACCCGGUCAGCAGGCAGCUUCUCUUCCCUCCCUCUGUCAUCAUUCUUUCUCCCUCACACUUUUUCUUUUUUUUUAUUUUACAUUUGGUUCUGGCCUCACACAGGAAGACAUUUGGAUACCCAUUUAAAAAAGAUGAGAAAAAACAAUGCAGAAGUGCUCACAUCACUGUUCACUGAUAAUGCUACUCAAGCAACUUGAGCGUGGAAGUAAAUUAAUGAAUAAAAUGUAAUGGUUUCAAAAACAUUGUAUCCACUGAACUACACCAACAGGGGGAAAUAAACGAUUCAUCUGUAAAUAAAGCUAUUAAAGUCUGUGUAAAUUAA